AUGACCGCCAACCACUCUGCACCGUACGCAACGGCUACCUCGAUACCCAGCGGUUCCAUCGCUGAGUCAGCCAGCAGCACCGCACCCGACACUCAACCGACCAGUAGCACCGCGCCGCCGAUGCCAGACUACUUGUUCCAACAGCAAGCAGCGAUUGCUUUUGGCAUCGGUUUGCCACAAGCGCCAGAAGACUCCCCACCAAUCCCUACUGGGGCACCAGCGGGUGUGAGCGAGACAGUCCCGCGACUCCCUUUGACCCCCAAAAAAAGGGACGGAGACCGUAGGCACGCAAGGCCUACAGCUCCAACGACCACACCGUCAGGCACCGAUCCACCAGCGGCGACCACGACAGAUUCGCCAACAACAACAACUACUCACGCCUCCAGCGCAUAUCUAAUGCCCUCCCCCCCCGCGUGA